UUUUAUUCAACAUAUUUUUUAAAUUGUAUUAUAUUUUUACUCAUUUUAUUGCAGGUUAAAUGGAUUUAGAAUUUUCCAGUCUAACGACUUAGGUUGGACGUCUAUCACAGUCAAUGACAGCUAAUGAGUUAAACUGUUUUUUUUUUUUUUUCCCUCAUAAAAAAAAUAAGAAAGGAACACGUGACUGAUAAGCACGACUGAACUUUGAAUCUUCAAUCAUUAAAAAAAUGGCGGAGGUAAUGCUACUGCAAAAAGAAAGCUCUUUCAUGGAUCCCUUCGCCGGGCGUCUGUUGGAGUAUUUUCUGCCGCAAACCUGUUCCGACGCAUUUUUCCAGCGUUACAACUUUAUAGACGGUGAGUACGUCUAAUGAUUGACACGCAUGAGUGGCCAAUGAGAUGAGAGUCUUUCUUUCAGGGCCGUGUCUGAAGAUUCUGCUCAGCAAAGUUGUGGGGAGCGUCAUCAUCCUGGGAUCCAUGUUGGUUAAGGUGCCUCAGAUUGCCAAGAUUCUGGGCGCGAAGAAUGCAGAAGGCGUGAGCUUCUUGUCGCUCCUGGGCGAGCUCUUCGCCAUCACCGGAUCGCUAGCCUACAGCUUCGCCAACGGCUUCCCAUUCAGCGCCUGGGGCGAGGCGCUCUUUGUCAUGUUCCAAACUGUCACCAUCGGCUUCCUGGUUCAGCACUACGGUGGGCGGAGUUGCAUCGGUGCGUUGUUCCUGCUGCUAUACUCCAUCACGCUAGCCCUCCUGCUGUCUCCGCUAGCCCCCGCGCCGCUGCUAGCAGCCAUGCAGGCCUCCAACAUGCCCGCCAUCAUAAUCAGCAGGGUUAUCCAAGCGGCUGUCAACCUUCGAAACGGACACACGGGCCAAUUAUCGGCGCUGACCGUCACCAUAUUGUUCGCCGGGUCGCUGGCUCGCAUCUUCACCUCAGUGCAGGAAACGGGCGACACCCUGCUGGUGGUUACCUACGUGGUGUCAGUGAUCGCAAACGGCGUGAUCGUGGCGCAGGUGCUGUACUACUGGAAGUCCACUAAAAGGUUCCUACAAGGCCCGCGUGCUCCCGAUGAUAACAGAGCCACGGCAGGUAAACACGACGCUGCCCUCUAGUGGUUUUCACCCACGUCCCCGGAAGAACAUUAAGCGGUAAAACCCGCAACUAUUUGGGGAAUCCGCACCAACGUAUGACAUCACGCGAUAUUGAUGAUUACUUCUAAAACGGCGAACAAUUGGAACUUGUUGAAGUCAGCCAUAGCGCAUCCAUGGCAACCACUUGUUGAAGCCUCGCUGCCUGUUGCUAGGUGAUCGGAGCUACCGGACCAGAAAAUCCCUCCAUUGACACCCCCCGACCAGCAACACCCCCCGAAAGACCCCCGCGGGCUCUAGCCAAAACAACCGCGCAUUUUUUGAGGCAUUUGUCAAGCGAGUGAAAACAAAGUCAUUUCCAAUUGAGAAAACUGCUAUUUCCAAUUUUCUUGAAGGCAUCAAAAUGCAGCAUUUAUAGUGACAAACACAUUUAAUACCAAAAGAGUUGAAGUUGUUGUUGAAGUUUUUAUUUUUACAUUAUUAAGCCUUUUCUGUCACUUUUUUUAAUGGAUUGUUGUCCAAAGUAUGCUCUGCUGUUAUUUUUCUAAAAUUUUAACUUCAAGGGGUUUUGUAUUUUUUUGUUCUUUCACUGCCAGCCCAUAUGGAUUUGGACCAUUAAUGGCUAUGGAGCCUCUAAUGGGAUAUUGACAGAAAUAAAAUAAAUGUAAAUAAUCUGGUGCGCACCAUAUAGUUUCUAGUGCAUUCCAAGACAAUGUAAUGGUGACAAUUGGUAAUGCAGUAAUAUCUUUAUGGUGCGCACCACAUCAUUUCUAGUGCGCACCACAUACUGUCUGGUGUACACCAGAUUGUUACUGGUGCGUUCCGAGACAUUAUAAUGGUGACAAUGUGCAAGUAAUGCAGUAAUAUUUUUAUGGUGCGCACCAAAUAGUUUCUAUUGCGCACCAAAUACUAUCUGGCGCACACCCAAUGGGUUCAAGUGCGCCCCACAUACUAUGUGGUGGGCACCCGAUGGUUUCAAGAACGCACCACGUACUAUCUGGUGUGCACAAGAUAGUUUCUAGUGCGCACCACGUACUCUCUGGUGUGCACCAGAUUGUUACUAGUGCGUUCCGAGCCAAUGUAAUGGUGACAAUGGGCAAGUAAUGCAGUAAAAUCUUUACGGUGCGCACCACAUACUCCCUGGUGCGCACCCGAUGGU